AUGGCAACAAAUAGAUUCGUCUGUGAGAUCUGCAACAAAGGGUUUCAGAGGGACCAAAACCUUCAGUUGCACCGCAGAGGUCACAAUCUUCCAUGGAAACUGAGGCAAAGACCAAGCAACGAGGUGAAGAAACGGGUUUAUGUGUGCCCUGAGCCGUCAUGCGUCCACCAUAGCCCUGCUCGUGCAUUAGGAGACCUCACUGGCAUAAAAAAACAUUACAGCAGAAAACAUGGUGAAAAGAAAUGGAAAUGUGACAAGUGCUCUAAAAGAUAUGCAGUCCAAUCUGACUGGAAGGCCCACCAGAAAACCUGUGGCACCAGAGAAUACAAAUGUGAUUGUGGGACCAUAUUUUCCAGAAGAGACAGUUUUAUCACACACAGAGCCUUUUGUGACGCAUUAACUGAAGAAAACAACCGAGUAAACCAUUCAUUAACGAGUGGCACUCGCAUGACACCGAGCUUGCAAAGGGAAUUGCCAGACCUCAUGGCCACAAUGCCUCUACUCACGAGUCCCAACAACACUGUACCCGAGCUCAACGACAACUACGACCCUAGUAAGAGCCCACUCAAAACCCUAUCCCAAGAACAUCUUGUCCCAAUGCCAUUCAAGUCCAUGAGCAUGAGGGGUGGCAUGUUCUCUACCACUUCAGGUACACUCUUUGGUGGUCCAAAAGAUAUGUCACUUCCCUCAUCUUCCACCCUUCAACUCAGCUCCAACAACUCUCCUGCUUUCAAUUACUUCCAAGACAGAAAAAACGCUUCUGCCUCGGCUCACAUGUCUGCCACAGCUUUAUUACAGAAAGCAGCCCAAAUGGGUGUCACUGCAAGCAAUAAUAGCAUUAACUCUCCCACCAUGAUGCAGAAAAACUUUGUUAGUGGCAUGGCUGGUCCUGACCCCCACCAUAGUCCUUCUUCCUUUGACCCCUUCCCUCAUCCACAUCCUGAUGAUCAAUCUCACAUGGCUGGGAUUAGUGGUGCUGGAGCCUUCACCAACCAAUUUCUUCACAAGGGGCAACAAGAAGUCUCACUAAUACUUGAUUCCAACACUAAUGAUAUGGGAAUUUUCUGUGCAAUGUUCAUGGGAAGUGACCACAACCAAGGUUUGAUGAAGAACGUGGAACAAGAGGUUGGUGCUAGUAGUCCAAGUUUAAUUCAUAGAAUAGAUGUAUCAGAACGAAAUCCAAUGGGGGCUUCAAGGUUUGGAGGUGGUAACAUGACAGCCGUCCAUGAUUUCUUGGGCGUUGAGGGUGCAACUUCAAGGGCAGCGAGUUUGCAUGAACCUCAGAAACAACAACAGCAAAGAUUGGAGUUGGAGGCAUUAACCCACCAGAGAAUGGAUGAAAACGGUACACAUGUUAGGAUCCCAAUAAAUUCAAUGCUAACAUUGGGGCAUAGGGGAUGCAAAGAAUAA